CAUAAACACCAAAACAACGGGCAUCUGUCCUUAAGAUGGACUGCAUCAAUCGGCCCGAUGCUGUUCCCAGGUUUCGCUGUUAGACUGGAGCUUUUCCCAUCAACUUGAUAACAUAGUUUGGAAAAAUGAUUCCGUGAUCAAACACGAAGAAGUACUCUACAGAAUGACUUCCACGGGAGAUUUUGCAGUAGCUCACGACUGCGCAUCUGGAUGUGUCUGAGCCGCUACCGCUAGCUGUCGACCAGGCUAGCCGACCAUCCAGCGCUGUCCUCUGCAGGGAUUCAGCUACUAGCUAUUUUGGCUAGCUGGUAGCCUUGAGCGCUCAAUAAGGUUUAGUUAGCUCAUGUAGUAGCUAGCGGUAAAGAGUCCCGAAAAUGUAAAUUGAGAUGGGGCAAAAGAGACGGGAACUGGCUGUGCCAGUAAUGGCCUCCCCCCUCCCUGUCUCCUUCAUCCUGGUGGCACUACUGUUGGCUGAGUCACCUGUGUGUCAAGCGGGGGACUGCAAGGGCCACAGGCAGGUGUUACGGGGACCACCAGGGUAUGUCACAGAUGGGCCAGGAAACUACUCUGUCAAUGGGAACUGCGAGUGGCUUAUUAAAGCUCCCAGCAACAGUCACCGCAUUGUCUUAAAUUUCACCUUCAUGGACACAGAGUGUACCUAUGACUACCUGUUUGUGUAUGAUGGCGACUCCUACCAGAGCCCACUUCUUGCCAGUCUGAGUGGAAACACUCUGCCUCAACCUAUCGAGGCCAAGUCUGGAAAGAUGCUGCUGCAUCUCUUCAGUGAUGCUAAUUACAACCUGCUGGGCUUUAAUGCAACCUACACCUUCUCUUUGUGCCCUGGAGCGUGUGGUGGUCAUGGCCGCUGUGACCCCUCUACAUUUAAGUGCCACUGUCAUCAAGGCUGGGGAGGAGCUGCCUGUACAACUCCUCUGUGUUCCCAGUCCUGUUCAGUGAAUGGCCAGUGUGACAAGAAAGGAGAGCGCUGUCUGUGCAACCCAGGCUUCUUGGGUCGUAGCUGCCAACUUGGUUUUCAUGACGACAGUGGGGCUGGGCAGUGGUGGCGUGUGAGUGAUGGAAACCCCUACACACCCCCAAGGACGGGUUCUGCUGGCGUUUACUUGUCCUCCUCUGGAGCCAUGUACUUGUUUGGCGGCUUUGACCUGAACAGAGCUCUUGGUGACCUGAUCAAAUAUAACUUCACAUCCAACCAGUGGGACAGCCGGUCAUAUGGUCAUUCUCCUGUGGCUCGUCACUCUCACACUGCAGUCGAGUGGAUGGGUAACAUGGUUAUAUUUGGAGGAGAGCUGGCAAACGGCUCCCUGGCAAGUGAUGUCUGGAUGUACCGUCCUCUCCAUGACGACUGGCAGCAGCUCGGGUUUUCAAAUUCACUCGGUGCUCCUAAACUGGCCAACCACGCUGCCGCUGUAGUGGACAGUUACCUUUAUGUAUUUGGAGGUCGCACUGAGGAAGAUAUGUUUUCCUCCUCUCUGUAUCGGUUCGGUCUGCAUGGCUCUGGACGAUGGGAGACUGUUCAGCCCACUGGUGGGAAGCCCCCUGCCACUGCUGGACACUCCAUGGUGUUCCACAGCCCAUCCAGGACUCUUCUGGUCUACGGAGGCCAUCGACCUACUACCGCCAGGUUUAGUGUGAGGGUGAACAACACUGAUGUGUUCCAUGUGGACAGGCGCUUUUGGACCUCCUUCCGUUCCCGUUUCCCAGCAACAGGCCCUAGAGAGAGAGCUUUUCACUCAGCCACUGUCAUCGGCAACUACAUGGUGGUCUACGGAGGGAACGUCCAUAUUCAUUACCAAGAAGAAAAGUGCUAUGAUGAGGAGAUCUUCUUUUACCAUCUGGGCUGUCAUCAGUGGGUGUCUGCUGGGGAGAGAUGGUCACUCAGAGGAGACUCUGUGAGAGGGCGUUACUCGCAUGUUGCCGCAGUGAUGGAGGGACGAGUGCUGUUGGUUGCCGGGGGCUACAGUGGCGUUGCCCGUGGAGAUCUGGUGGCUUACAAAGUACCACUGUUUGUCAGUAGUGAUCAAGGUGACAGGGAUGCCGUUUGUGCUGAGGCGCUAGACGAGAGUAUGUGCCUUAAGAAUCCAGAGUGCAGCUGGUGUGAAGGACGAUGUCGAGAGUACCAGCCCACCAAUCCGUGUGGCAGUACUGGUUGCCUUGGCCUGGCUCGCUUCCUGUCUGAUUGCCAGUCCUGUCUAGUGUUCAGUGGCACUCCAGCUUCCCUGGCCCGUGCCCCUGGGGAGUUCGGUUGGUGUGUUCAGAAUGAAUCCUGCCUACCAGUGUCAGAGCGAAGUGCGUGCCGUGUGGACCAGAUCUCAGGGGCGUACGGCUGGUGGGGGGAGCGUACCCUUUUCCUAACCUCCCUCCACUCCUGUCGCACCGAGAACUAUGUCCCGGGACUGCACCUGCUCACCUUCCAGCACCCGCGCAACGACUCCCAGCCUGACAAGGUGUCCAUCCUCCGCAGCACCACCAUCAUCCUCAGCCCAACGACUGAAAUGGACGUAGCGUUGCAGUUCAGGGGCUUCAUCCACCCGCUGUGGGGGGCCCCUCCGCCUGCUCCCCCUCCCACAGACACUGUCUCCAUGUGGGCUCGCAUCCAGAGGCUCCACUUUGAGGCUCGGAUGGCGACCGGGCCCAACUCGAGCCAACUGGAGGUGGUGGGUCGUUGGGCAGCCCAGCAGGAGAAGGAGCUGAAGCUGCUUGCUCGGUCGGAUGGGAGCAGACUGUUCUCUAACCUGACCAGAGGAAACCAUUACCUUGUUCAGGCUGAGGGCUACCUUAACAACUCUGGCUCUGGACAGACCAGUGAGAUGGCUCUGAUCUGGAACAGAACGCUGCCUGGAGGAAGUGAGAUCUCCUUCUUGUUUUUGGAGCCAUACCGUUCAGGUUCCUGCUUGGGGUAUAUGUCAUGUCUGGCCUGUCUGUCUGAUCAGUCUUGUGGCUGGUGCCCGUCUUUGUCCCGGUGCCUUCUACGGGACAGCCCAGACCUCGAGCCCUGCCCUGAGGGAGAGAAGGGGGAAGGCAAAGGAGAGGGUCAGCGCCAUCUGCUGUUGGCUCCACAGCAUUGCACCUUGUGUGAAGAGUACAGAGACUGCUCUGCUUGUACUCAGGAUCCCUAUUGUGAGUGGCAGAUAAACUCAAGCAAGAAGGGAGACUACCAGUGCAGUCGACGUGGAAGACUUGAUGGGUCCAUACGUGACUCAAGAGGAUGCCCUAAAGUCUGCAACCAGAGAAAGACAUGUGGUGAGUGCCUCUCUAACUCCAGCCAGUGCGCAUGGUGUGAGUCUGCCCAGGCCUGCUUCUACUUCGCUGCCUACCUCACAAAAUAUCCCUAUGGAGAGUGCAGGGACUGGUAUGACAGCGUUCAUUCGGUUCCCCAGUGUAAGCAAUGUUCAGCUCUUAACACAUGCACAGACUGCCUGCGGACCUUUCAGUGUGGCUGGUGUGGUGACUAUAACAAUCCCACAAUUGGAAAAUGUUUGAGAGGAGACUGGGCAGGAAUGGAUGACCCCUUGGUUUAUAACUGUAGUGUUGCAGUUGCUGAAGCUCGGGCUGCAAACCCUGAGCCUCAAACCUCAGCCCCACCCCGCCCCUUAGACAUGGAGAUGGAGCUGGAGCACUUGGAGGGCGAAGAGCAAGAUGCCAUCUGGUCCUACCCCACCUGCCCUGACGUAGAGGAAUGCAGGCUGGGCCUGCAUAACUGUCACCCCUACGCCACCUGUAUCAACACUCCCACCUCGUAUGAAUGCCACUGUGAGAGAGGUUACACAGGAGACGGCACACUGCACUGUAACCAAACGUGCUACAAUGAGUGUCGUGAGGGCCAGUGCAGUGGCAGCCCACGGUUUGAGUGUGAAUGCUCCCUUGGCUGGACGUCUGACCCUGCUACUCUGGUUCUUAGUGGUGUUGAGUGUGAUGUGGACUGUGGCUGCAACUUCCAUUCCACCUGCAUUACAGCACCAGGAAUAUGUGAUGAAUGCCAAGAUUGGACAACAGGCCCCCACUGUGAGCACUGCCGGCCCGGUAGCUUUGGCUCAGCCCUGUCUGGUGGUGGUGGCUGUGUGCAGUGCGAGUGUAACGGUCAUGGUGACCCUUUACGAGGAUACUGUCACAACCAGACUGGCCAGUGUUACUGCACACACAACACUCAUGGACCACACUGCGAGUCCUGCCUGCCUGGUUACUAUGGAGACCCCAGGAACAAUGGCACAUGUUACCGGCAGUGUCAGGGUCGCUCAGUGCUGCUCUCCUCCACUUCCACCUCCGCCAUUCCUCUCUCAUCUUCUCUGGGGUGGCGAAGUGGCACGGAAGGGAAGGGAGGACUUUCACAUUGCCUGUGGGUCCUCUCUGUGACUGAAAACCUGGCCCCUUGUCUGCCUAGACAGCUGUGUCCCCCUAUAGCCCUCACGCUACACCCAGACUCCCACACGCAUUGUAAAAGCUCCUAUGUUUAUGUAUUUGAUGGCCUUCCUCGUUUCCUGGACAAUGGCGUUGUACAUUCAGAUCACAAUCUGAUUGGGGCAUUUUGUGGAACCACAAGGACUCAGCCUAUUACUGUAGAGGCCACCUCAGGAGUGAUCUCGGUCUAUUUUGAAGCCAAUGUCACCUCAAACAAACCUCAGGGCUUCAAUGCAUCUUUCUGGGUGCGGCGCUGUCACCACAGCUUAGAUGAGGGUGAAGAUGGGUCACCUGUGUGUCCAGGUGGAGGCCAGUGCCAAGGGGGACUCUGUCAGUGUCCUCAGGGAUAUGCUGGACCCCACUGUGACCGCCCCAUGUGCCCUCAGGAUUGUGGGAUAGCUGAAGGAAGAGGGACUUGUAAUAUAUCUUUGGGAGUGUGUAUGUGCACAGACAACUGGGCUGGCUCAGACUGCUCUGUUCCUCGUGACUCAAACAGCCUAAUCUGGGAAACACUACUGGACACACAGUUAACUGUGAACCAGGCACAUAGAUUCCUCCACAGGAUGGGCCACACGCUGGUGUCUGGACCACAGGGCUACCUUUGGAUGUAUGGGGGGCUCUCUCUAGCAGAGGGUAUUCUGGGAAAUGUCUACAGAUAUUCAGUUUCAGAGCACCGUUGGACACAGAUGUUGACGAGUUCUGUUGAAGAAGGCUCCACCCCGGGCCCUCGCUAUCACCAUGCCUCAGCACUGUUCACCAGUCAUGAGUCUGGCUCAGGAAGCCUCACAGCCAGUCACAACUUCAUGUUAGUGGUGGGUGGUGUAACUCAAACUGGCAUUGCCAUGGAUACCUGGAGUCUCAAUCUCAGCAGUUUGGUCUGGAGAGAGCACAAGAGCACACUGCUUCCACCGGUGGCAGGCCACACUUUGACUGUACGUAGAGACGCCUCUGUGCUGCUGAUUGGAGGUUACUCUCCAGAGAACGGUUUCAACCAUCACCUGUUGGAGUUCAGCCCUCUCUCUGGAAACUGGACCAUUGCCCCCCACACUGGCACACCACCUACAGGUUUAUAUGGUCACUCUGCAGUAUAUCAUGAGCAAACUGAUGCCAUCUAUGUCUUUGGAGGUUAUCGCUUUCAUGUAGAGACUGUAGAGCCCUCAGGAGAACUCUACAGUCUGUACUACCCCAAUCUAACCUGGUCUCUGCUGGUCCCCUCACAGGGAAACAAGCCCCUGUCCCGUUUCUUCCAUGCCGCAGCCCUUAUUAAAGACACCAUGGUCAUUGUCGGGGGGAGGACGGAAGCAGAAGACUACAGCAACUCGGUAUCUCUGUAUCAAAUCAACUGUAACACCUGGAUACAACCAGUCUCAGCCAUCGGAGAUCCAGUAAAUCGUUCGGUGUCUCUUGCCAUGACAAGCUGGGGUGGUCGUCUCUUCCUGUCAGGAGGUUUCAAUGGUGUCACACUGGGCAGACUGCUUACACUGUCUGUACCCUCUGAUCCCUGUGCUCUCAUGCUAACACCAGAGGCCUGCAACACCACCACAGGCAGCUGCCUCUGGUGCAGGGGAACCUGUGCUUCUUCUGAUACUGCUGAAAGAAUGGGCUGCUUCACAGGCCAGUCACCCUGCUCCCCAACUCCUCGUCAGCCAGAUCAGUGCCGCAGGCUGAAGACCUGCAGUGAAUGCCUUGCCAGACACCCUAAAACAUUCUCCAGUCCAUCACAGCCUGCUCUGCAAUGCAAGUGGUGCACAAAUUGUCCUGAAGGUGCGUGCAUCAGCAGCUCUGUUAGCUGCACGUCUGAGCACGACUGUCGGAUCAACCAAAGAGAGAUCUUCCUGUCCAGCAACUGCACUGAGACCAGCUGCGAGGCCUCUGACUGCCCUAAGUGUACUGCUUCUGGAAAAUGCAUGUGGACUCGACAGUUCAAACGCACAGGUGAAACAAGGCGCAUCCUGAGUGUAAACCCCACUUAUGACUGGACCUGUUUCAGCUACGCCCUGCUCAAUGUCUCCCCCAUGCAGGUGGAGUCCUCUCCCCCAAUGCCAUGCCCUCCACCCUGCCACACCCUCCUGAACUGCAGCCUCUGUUUGGGCUCUCGAGGCUCUGAUGGAGGCUGGCAGCAUUGUGUGUGGAGCAUGGCUCUGCAACAGUGUAUGAGCCCCUCUUUCAUGCCCCUGCGAUGUGAGGCGGGUCAGUGUGGUCGCCUGCUCUCUGGGGGGGAUUCUUGCUCACCCCAAUGCUCCCAGCUUAGCCAGUGCUCCCAGUGCAUUGCAAGGCCUCAGUGUGGCUGGUGUGCUACUCGAGGGGGAAAUGGAGCUGGACGCUGUCUGCAGGGAGGACUUGAUGGUGUGAGUGAGGGUGUUUGCCCCCUGAGAAACAGCAGCUGGUCCUUCCUUCACUGUCCAGAAGAGGAUGAGUGCGCCAACAGUCAUCACCACUGCAACAGCACCCAGGACUGCCAUGACCUGCCUCAGGGAUACCACUGCACUUGCAAACAUGGCUACAUCCUCAGCAGCAUUUCUGGUCAGUGUGAGCCGGUGUGUGCACAGGGCUGUGUGAAUGGGACGUGCGUAUCCCCAGGAGUAUGUCAGUGUCACUUUGGAUUUGUGGGUGAUAACUGCUCCUCUCAGUGCAGCUGCAACAAACACAGCAACUGCGCUGGUGUUAACAAACCAGAUGUUUGCCUUGAGUGCCACAAUAACACCAUUGGUAAACACUGUGAGAAGUGUAAGCCGCUGUUUGUGGGCUCUGCAAAGGGGGGUGGCACUUGUCGUCCGUGUCGAGAGUUUUGCAGGGGGAACAGUGGAAUGUGUUUAUCCCGAGAUGAACAUAAGAAGGCCCUUGAGAACCCACGGCUCUUCCCUCUGGACCCCAACAGUAUUCAGAACUGGGUGUCUGAGGGUCCCACAGAAGAGAACGCUGUUUGUGUGAACUGCCAGAACAACAGCGUGGGGGACAAAUGUGAGAGCUGCCUCAGUGGUUACUUUCUGCUGCAGGGGAAAUGUGAGAAGUGCCAGUGCAACGGUCAUGCAGACACAUGUAACGAGCAUGAUGGUACAGGUUGCCCUUGUCAAAACAACACUGAGACCUCCUCGUGUCUUAGCAGCCCCCAGAGUGACAGGAAAGACUGCUACAGGCAACAAUGUGCAAAGUGCAAAGACUCCUUCAAUGGCACACCUGUGAAUGGGCGUCAGUGCUACCGUCAGUUCAAUGUGGACACCGAGUGCUGCUUUGAUCCCACGUCCCAGACCAACUGCUUCCAUGAUCCCACCAUUCGUAACCUUCCCAAGGGGCGCACUGUGUUUUUUGCAGCCCAGCCGAAGUUCACCAAUGUGGACAUACGGGUCACAAUUGAUGUAACCUUUGGUGAGGUGGAGGUGUAUGUGUCCAACUCACAUGACACUUUCAUCGUGGAUGUAGACCGCUUCACAGGGAUUCACACCAUCAAGAUCGAGGAGGAAUCGGUGACUCGAGGAACAACCACCGGCACAGAAAAGGAUUCAGCUCCAUCACCUAUAAAGGUGUUUGCCAAUUCUUCGUCUAGUCUCGGGGGUCCUGUGCUCUCCCACAAUCCACUGCAGCUGCAAGCCAAGGCUCCAGGGGCGGAGAGAGAGAUAAGAGAGGAGCGGGCAGAGGGGCUUAUCACCUACAUCACUGUGUGGAAACCACAGACAGUGCUCAUCGUCCGUGCCGUAAGAGAUCGUGUGGUUAUCACCUUCCCCCAUGAGGUGCACUCCCUGAAGUCCAGCCGCUUUUAUAUUGCUCUGAGAGGUGUGGGAACAGUUGAGCGACAAGGAGAGUCCCAGGGCCUGCUGUUUCUGCGUCAAGACCAAGCCCACAUCGACCUGUUUGUCUUCUUCUCAGUUUUCUUUUCCUGCUUUUUCCUUUUCCUGUCCGUCUGCGUCCUCCUGUGGAAGGUCAAACAGUUCCUGGACUUCCGUCGAGAGCAGCGUCGCCACAUCCAGGAGAUGACAAAGAUGGCGUCAAGGCCCUUCGCGAAACUCACCAUUUAUCUAGAGCCAGAGGAGCCUCAGCUCAUCUACUUGCCCUCAGCUGGGGGAGGGGUGGGGGGCAGCACUGUAUCACUUGCCCAUGCCCGCACGAGCAAGUUAGGGGGAGUAGUGGUGGGCCAGAGGGGCAGGGCAGGAGCUGUCUCAUAUAAACAUGACCCUGGCUCAGGACCCACAGCCCACCACCACCAUCACCUCGCCUUGGGUGGAGGGGGCAACGGCGGCCAACACCUGCCGCUGCACUACCUGAACACCCACCACUAUGCCAGCACCACAGCUGGCACCCAAGCUUCACACCAUCAUCACCCAUCCACUUACAGUGGCUAUCAGCACUUUUGCCGGUCCGACCCUUUCCUCUCGCAGCUCAUGGGCUUCUCCUACUCCUCCUUUAAAGUCGGGCCUAUCACUCUUGAGCCCACAGACGACGGCAUGGCUGGGGUUGCGACCGUCCUCUUCCAGUUACCUGGGGGUGUCUUGGCUCCAAAUCGUGCCUGUUUGGGCUCCGCUUUGGUAACUCUGCGCCAGAACCUGCAAGAGUACUGUGGUCAUGGCAAUGGAGGCGGGCACCCAGGGGCAGGUGCAGGGCGCAAGGGGCUGCUAGGGAACCAACACCUGACCACUAUGGCUAUGUAGGAAAGCAAAGAUUUGAAUUAAAAACAAAGUAGGAAUAAAAGAGAGAAAAGGAUGGGAUAAACCUGUAAAGUGUUUGAUAUGUAAUAAUUUAAUGGCAAAGUCAAGAAGAAAGAGUUAUGACAGAGUCUGUUAACGUGAGCAUUUUAAACAGAGUUGUACAUACACUGUAUAAUGAAUUAUUAAGUGUCUUUUAUUGUAUUAUGUAUUGCUAUACUGUAUUUCAGUGCUUCACAUGACCAAGCCAGCUGUCUCUAGAAUGCACUACAACUGCUAUACGUAUCAACAAAGCAAUGUUGCUACCUGUCUGUGAUCACUAAAGAGGUAUGAGCACACUCAACAGUCAGUCUCGUACAAACUGAAGCUGGACUGUUGCUAAAAUUUUUCUCAAACAGAAGUGAUGAUUAAAAAGUGCUUCUGCUCUCUUUGGAACCAACAUGUGCUUUAUACCCCAAAAAGUGACAAUCAAAAAUUGCCGUUAAGAACAAAAGACUUUAAUAGGUUCAGCAUAAUGUGCAAGAUUUUGAUUGUCAGCUCAGCGCAGGAAAAAAAUGUCAAAGUUGCUUGUGAGAUGUUUUUUUUUUAAUAUCAUAGUCAAUAUGAACAAUUUAUAAUUGUAACUCAGUAUAUGGCAGGCUUCUAAGCUACAUGUUUUUGUUAAACAGGCCCAUUCACCCGCUCUGUUACAUUGUUAUUUGUUUUUCUGCUCAUCUGCCUUCACAUCUUGCCUUGUCUGUGAGUCACUGGGCUUACACUAAAACUUGUGUUAAUGGAUUUGUGUGGUGCAGCUCCUGAGGAACACAAUAACAAAAGCAUAUGUUACAUUUUCUGUCAUUAGUUGUUUCUGUAAAGAAAAAAUGAAGGAUGUCCUUGAUAAAUCUUAAGUUCAUGACCAUAUUACAUUGCGUAGUAGUCCAUAAAAAGAUGUUUGCCAUUUAAAGCAUUUGUUGACAUAAAAUGUACGUUGUUGUUGGCUAUUUUGCUGGACUGCUUUUAUUCAAGCAAUGUGUCUGCUUAGAUGAUUGUAUUAUCCAGUCAUAGCUACAAUUUGAUCAAGAAAAAUUUGGAUGUUAAAAACAGUAGUAGAGAAAAAUUUUACUCUUUUGAAAAGUUCUCCUGGUGAGAGAUUUUGGAAGACUUGACAGCAUUUUAUUUGUGAUGAGACUGAAAAACUUGUUCACUGGUCGGUGUUGAUGUUAGUAUUUUUGUUUUUUCCUUUUUUGCACUGCAUGGAGGCAAUGAGCCCCAUUAUUCAUGUGAAACACUUAGAGGGGAAGUUGUCUGGCCUCAGGUGGCACAGGGUGUCAUUGGUUGAACUCAGAACGGUGCUACUGGCUCCUUAUCAUGAACUGCAUACAGAAACGUUUAGCUAAACUAAAGCUCAAAUAAAUACUGUAGCUACUUAAAGCAGCCAUCCACAAAUAAGCAUUAAAACAGUUUUCUGUCUUGUAUCUUUGUGUAUGUUUUUUUUUAACAUACUUUAUUUUUGUACAUAACUGUUGUUUUUUUCUCCAUGUUUUCAAAGAAGGGAACAGUGUUGAACAGAAGAUUGCAUCAAGAUUCUCUGGCCUGAGUCAGCUGAAAUAAAGUCUGUGGAACAUGA